AUGCUUAGUCACCUUAUUGUGGUCUCUGUUUUGAUAUGCGGAGUUAAUUCAUUGGUCGGAUUUACGCAAAGUGCUGGGGCCCGAGGAGUUUUGUUAUGUCACGGCCAACCAAUAUCAGGGGUUAAAGUCAAAUUAUAUGACCAUGAUCGGACUGAUAUGGAUGAUUUGAUGGAUUCUGGAUACACAAAUGAUCGUGGAGAGUUCACUUUGAUGGGAAGCGAAGACGAAUUUACAACCAUUGAUCCAAAAAUUAAUAUUUAUCAUGAUUGUGACGAUGGGUGGUGGGUAAGAAGAGUUUAAAGAUUGCUCUCAAGAUGUUUCGUUGUGUAAUACUCGCCUUUCAGCCAUGCCAACGCAAGAUUUCGAUCACCAUCCCGGACUCUUACAUAACCAAAGGAGCUCGACCCAACAGAAUAUACGACGCCGGGAGAUUGGAGUUAUCUGGAAAAUACAAAGGAGAAAGCCGCGAUUGUAUACAUCGGAAAUGA